AUGUCUCGAUCAAGAGCCCCUCUCCUACUCGGCCUGACCGCCGCCGGUGGUGUCGGAUACUACCUGUACGGAGCCGGAGGAAACCCCAAGGUAGCUGAGAAGCAGUUUGAGGCCGACGUCCACAAGGCCUCCGCAAAGGUCAAGGGAGAGCUGCCCGGCCGGGGCCAGCAGUACGAGAAGGAGGCAGAGGCCACGGGCCGCCAGGCUGGUGCCAAGUUCGACGAGGCCCUCGCCAAGACCCAGGCCGAGCUCCAAAAAGGCAAGGCCGAGGCCGCAAACUACGCAAAGGACGCCAAGAAUGCCACCAUCCAGGAGAUCGACAAGUUCGACAAGAAGGUCGAGGAGAAGGCCAGCCAGGCCAAGAGCGGCAUCUCGAGCUGGUUCGGCGGGAAGUAA